AUGUCAACGCUACCCUGCACCACUCUAUCCCUCCCUCACCCCCCAAACCCAAACCCAAACACACCCCGAACCCCAACAAACCUAAACACCACACCCACAACCCUCUUCAAAUCCCUCUCCUCCUCCACCAACCUCACCCACCUCAAACAACUCCACGCCCAAAUCCUCAAAACCAACCCCGACCGCUCCCACUUUCUCCUCUCCAAACUCCUCCUCUCCUCCUUCCCUCUCUCCCCUUCUCUCCACUACCCCCUCUCCCUCUUCCACCAAAUCCCCAAACCCCAAACCCACCUCUGCAACAAGCUUCUCCGUGAGCUUUCGCGCUGCCGCGAGCCCGAAAAGGCCCUCUUGGUCUAUGAGACCAUGCGGAGGGAGGGUGUCGCUCUCGACCGGUUCAGCUUCCCGCCAUUGUUGAAGGCCGUGUCGAGAGCUGUGGUUCUGGCUGAGGGUUUGGAGAUUCAUGGGCUUGCUUGCAAGUUGGGCUAUGAUUCCGACCCGUUUGUGCAGACGGUUUUGGUCAGAAUGUAUGCUGCUUGUGGGAGGGUUAUGGAUGCACGCCAAGUGUUUGAUAAAAUGCCUAGCCGGGAUGUUGUUGCCUGGAGUAUUAUGAUUGAUGGAUACUGUCAGAGUGGGCAUUAUGAUAUUGCAUUCCACCUCUUUGAGGAGAUGAAGAAUACGGAUGUGAAGCCUGAUCAGAUGAUUCUUUCGGCAAUGCUUUCUGCCUGCGGACGUGCUGGGAAGUUGAGUUAUGGGAAGGCAAUCCAUGACUUCAUUGAGGAUAAUAAUAUUGUGGUUGACUCUCAUAUACUGAGUGCUCUUAUCGCCGUGUAUGCCGGUAGUGGUUCUAUGGAUUUGGCUCAGAAAUUGUUUGACAAGACGUCAGUGAGAAAUUUCGUAGUGGCAACUGCCAUGGUCUCUGGGUAUUCAAAAGUGGGACGGGUUGAAGAUGCACGCAAGAUUUUUGACCAAAUUGUUCAGAAGGACUUGGUCUGUUGGAGUGCUAUGAUAUCUGGUUAUGCUGAAAGUGAUCAACCUCGAGAGGCACUUAGAUUGUUUUCUGAAAUGGAAGUUUCGGGAUUAAGACCUGACCCAGUCACCAUGUUGAGUGUCAUUUCAGCCUGUUCUCAUCUUGGUGCACUGGAUCAAGCUAAAUGGGUUCAUUCAUAUGUUGAUACGAAUGGAUUCAGUGGAGCUUUGUCUAUCAACAAUGCCCUCAUUGAUAUGUAUGCGAAAUGUGGAAGCUUGGAAAGAGCAAGACAAGUAUUUGAGAAAAUGCCAAGAAGAAAUGUGAUAUCUUGGACCACUAUGAUUAGUGCCUUUGCCAUGCAUGGGGAUGCCAGUAACGCACUCAGUUUCUUCAGUCAAAUGAAACUUGCCAAUGUAGAGCCCAACGCUGUUACAUUUGUGGGAGUGCUUUAUGCUUGUAGUCAUGCGGGGUUCGUUGAGGAGGGUCGACAGAUUUUUGCAUCAAUGGUGAAUGAGUACAAUAUCACUCCUAAACUCAAGCACUAUGGUUGCAUGGUUGACCUCUAUGGCCGUGCAAAUCUCUUAAGAGAAGCUCUUGAGGUUAUUGAGACAAUGCCCCUGGCACCAAAUGUUGUCAUUUGGGGAUCUUUAAUGGCAGCCUGUCAGAUUCAUGGUGAGAUUGAAUUAGGAGAAUUUGCUGCAAAACAGGUUCUUGAGCUGGAACCAGACCAUGAUGGAGCCCUUGUAUUCUUAUCCAACAUUUAUGCAAAAGAAAGAAGAUGGGAGGAUGUUGUUAUGGUGAGAAAAAUAAUGAAAAAUAGAGGCAUCUCAAAGCGGAGGGGAUGCAGCAGGAUAGAACUACAGAAUGAGGUACAUGAGUUUUUAAUGGCAGAUAGAAGUCAUAAACAAGCAGAUCAGAUCUAUGAGAAGUUGAAUGAGGUAGUUAGUGAGGUGAAGCGAGUUGGCUAUACUCCCAAUACAUGUAACGUUUUGGUUGAUAUAGAAGAAGAGGAAAAGAAGGAAGCAAUUCUCUGGCACAGUGAGAAGUUGGCUGUUUCUUUUGGUUUGCUUAGUGCCAAAAAAGGUUCUUGCAUUCGCAUGGUUAAGAAUCUCAGGAUUUGUGAAGAUUGCCAUAAUUUCAUGAAGUUGGCUUCAAAGGUGUAUGAUAGAGAGAUUAUUAUCAGAGAUAGGACUAGGUUUCACCAUUACAAACAUGGUUACUGUUCUUGUAAAGACUACUGGUAA